UCCGCUUCCAGGACAGUUUGGAGAAAGUGGAUUUGAGGUGCAUUUGGGAGUGGUGCCACCUCCCCCAGCCUUCUUACCCUUUCAGAAGGCUCGCUUUGCACAGCCUCGCCCAUUCUCCCCUGCCUGACUCCUUGGCUCCCGGGCUCCCCCUCCGCUCUCUAGGCUCAGCAUCUUCUUCCUUACCUCACUCUUCCUCAUCCUCUCUAUCCCUGCCCUCGUAACUCCUGCCACACAGUCUCAGCCUCCUCCUGGUCAUCCCGCCCUUCCCCUCUCUUCCAUCUUUAACCUCCCCUGCCCACCCCGUCUCACUCCUCCGGCCUCUCUGCUUGCGCUCACACUCUGCGUCCGUCCCUGCCUCCCCACCCGCUUCUCUGGCAGCAAACUUCCACCAUGGAUUCCAGACCUCCUCAGACUCCUGCUCCGAGCCCGGGGAGCACCCUCUCUGCCGCCAAUGCCACCACACCCUGGCUGGGCCGGGAUGAGGAGCUGGCCAAGGUGGAGAUCGGCAUCCUGGCCACCGUCCUGGUGCUGGCCACAGGGGGCAACCUGACGGUGCUGCUGACGGUGGGUCGGCCGGUCCGCAGGCGCUCCCGCAUGCAGGUGUUGGUGCUGCACCUGGCCCUGACCGACCUGGGCGUGGCGCUCUUCCAGGUGCUGCCCCAGCUGCUGUGGGACAUCACCUACCGCUUCCGCGGCCCCGACCCGCUCUGCCGGGCUGUCAAGUACCUGCAGGUGCUGAGCAUGUUUGCUUCCACCUACAUGCUGCUGGCCAUGACACUGGACCGCUACCUGGCCGUCUGUCACCCCCUGCGCAGCCUCCAGCAGCCCAGCCGGUCCACCUACCCACUCAUCGCAGCCCCCUGGCUGCUGGCGGCCGUCCUCAGCCUCCCUCAAGUCUUCAUUUUUUCCAUACGAGAGGUGAUCCAGGGCUCUGGAGUGCUGGACUGCUGGGCAGACUUCCACUUCCCUUGGGGGCCACGGGCCUACAUCACCUGGACCACCCUGGCCAUCUUCAUUCUGCCCGUGACCAUGCUCACAGCCUGCUACAGCCUCAUCUGCCAUGAAAUCUGCAAGAACCUCAAAGUCAAGACGGAGGCUGGGCAGGCCGAAGGAGGGAGCUGGGGCAUGGGGAACAGGCCCUCCGCUCCUCGUGGCCAGGUUGCAGCCAUACGGGGGCUGCCGUCCCGGGUUAGCAGCGUCAGCACCAUCUCUCGGGCCAAGAUCCGAACUGUGAAGAUGACCUUGGUCAUUGUGCUGGCCUAUAUCGCCUGCUGGGCGCCUUUCUUCAGCGUCCAGAUGUGGUCUGUGUGGGAUGAGAAUGCCCCCAAUGAAGAUUCAACCAAUGUGGCUUUCACCAUCUCCAUGCUUUUGGGCAACCUCAGCAGCUGCUGCAACCCCUGGAUCUACAUGGGCUUCAACAGCCACCUGUGGCUGCAUGCCCUGCGCCGUCUGGCCUGCUGCGGAGGUGCCAGGCCCAGGAUGCGCAGGUGGCUCUCCAACGGCAGUCUGUACAGCCGCCACGCCACCCUGCUGACCCGCUCCAGUGGCCCGCCUGCCCGCGGCCUCAGCCCCGGACUCAGCAGGAGGCCAGGGCCCAAAGACUCCCUGCAGGGUGCAGAGCAGGUGGAUGGCAAUGCUGCCACUGAGACCAGUGUCCUUUAG